ACUAGGAGUCCACGAAGUUCAAGUUGUCAUUGCCUCGACUGUUCUCAUCAAGCUAGUUAGGCCCGGUCUAAGCGCAGUCUGCGCCUAUCUGUACACAUAUUUCCCUUACUCCUGAGGAGUAUGCUGUUGUCUGUUCACAUAAAUUGUUUGUUUUGCACAUCACUACUCCUUGGACCUCUCUCUAGCAUCAGCAUCAAGCCCGUCAGCUUACUUCAUCCAACCUCAACAAGAUGUUCAUCAACGACACGCUCAAGACCAAGUUCAUUUUCCGGCGCAAGAUCCAAUUCGCUGAUCGUCGACGAUACAACAUCCCCUCCUUCACCUUCUAAGGCCCGCAAGCUUCGCAUCUUAUCGAAUCUAUCACUUUUCAAGAAGACGUCUCUGUCCAAGGUCUUCAAGAAGGUCCCCGCGAUUCAAACACUUCCCAUCGUGUUACAUCGUACCACGACUGCCGCUCUAGACCCACUCAGACAUAUCCCGGCUGUUUCUGAAGAUGGUUUCCUUCAUUUUGCUACGCCAUCGCCAACUGAACAUCAAGAGUGCGGUACAGACUUUGGGCUUAUAUCUUCCACCGUGGAUGAAUCUUCAAAUCAGGAGGACAUAAACCCUGAUCCUCCCGGCAGUCGCAUAGCAGAUCGCGUUACCAGUCUGCGAAUGAGAACUGCCGCAGUUUGGGCCAGCAUUCCAGCCACCAUGGAAGGACUACCAGCUUCAUGCGUAUCUAGCGAAGCUUCUACUCCAGUCAAAUCCCAGAUAAAUUUCCUGGAGCAGGAUGAGACUACAAGCGUUGAAACUGCAACAGUGGACAGUCCAUUGUUUUCGUCACCUGCUACUUCUGCCACGGCGGUUUCAGAUUGGGGCCCGCGAGACUCUUUGGUAAAUCCUCAGUAUGAUAGGUCACAAACAGGAGCGAAUACGCAUAAUGCCAAAGGUUUCACCUGCGUUAGAUAUUAUCUCCCUCGCACAGCCGCCAGAGUUCUUGGGUUUGACGCGUGUUAAACAUCCGUCUGAAUGUCAGAACAAUAAGGAGAAAUUCAACUAUACCCCCAAUUCUCCUGCGUCUGGAUCCGAAUCAUCCCCUGA